CUGCUCGAUUCAUCAGUCGUAGAAAGACGCGGCGAUGAAUCGUGAUUUGGCGCUCGUGUUCGUGUUCUUUGUUCUUAAUCUCGCCUCUCGUGGAUCCAAUGCUUCUUUCUCUGACCGUAUUUGGAAUCUUCAUCUCCGGUUCGCGCUUUCGAAGGAUUCUCCUCAGAGUAUAGCUCCGGCUCCGGCUCCGGCUCCUGGCCCUAGCUCUGUUUCUCCAACUCCUGCGAUUCCGCCAUUUCCAAGCUCAACCGAUGGAUCUUCUAUGAAGAAGUGCAGCCCGUCGUACAACACUUGUCACGACCUUGAGAACAUGACUGCCUGUCUUCUAUUCGCAGAAAAAGCAACGAUGGAACAAUAUCUUCUGAUCCAGAAUGCUGGAGGGACUUCACUGAAAGUGAAUGUUAUAAUUUCCGAUACUAAAUUCAAGGAGAUACAAGUUCCUGAGCACCAAUCUAGAAAGGUUAAUAUUUCAGAUGUUCUAGGAAAUUCAAAGAUUGUAUUAGAUGCUGGGAGUGGGAAGUGUGAGAUUCAGUUAGGAUCACUAAUGAAAAGUGGCACCACUUUUGAGCAAAUCUCUUCGUAUGUAACCCAUUUAAACCUCGUAUCCGGAUCAUAUAUACUGCUUUCAAUUGUUUUGAUCAUUGGAGGUGUGUGGGCAUGCUGCAAGAUAGGAACCAAGGAACGCCAUGCUGAUGAAGUUCCCUAUCAGGAGCUUGAAUUGGCAGAGCAGGAUUCUUCUCCAACCAACGAUUUGGAAGCAUCAGAAGGUUGGGAUCAAGGCUGGGACGACGACUGGGAUGAUGAGCCGAAGCCUGCAAAUGAAUCAAAUUCUCAGACAAAGGCAAGCGGAUCAUCAAACGGUAUUAGCUCUAGAACUUCUGGGAAAUGAUAUGGGACGAUUUUAGGUACAGGAUAAUGAAUGAUGUUGAAUAUGUCUGCUCAUCACAAUAGAUGGGCUUUUUUUCUUCUCUGAAGAACAAUAGGUCUCAGUUUUGCUCUUAGUAGAGGUAUGUCAACAUUUCAAUUUAAAUUUGAACUAUGUAGAUACCUAUAACUUUUAAAUCUUAUAGUUUCAUUAGUCUC